AGAGAGAUGAUUGUUCUCAAGCAGUCUGGUAUUUUGGUUUUUCUUAUCUGCGCCCAUACUGUCACUUUGGGUCUUGGCUUUGGAAUAACUGUGCCGGGCACGAAAUGGUGUGGUCCUGGUAACAUUGCCGACAGUUACGACGACUUGGGUACAGAGGUUGAGUUGGACAUGUGUUGUAGGGCGCACGAUCAUUGCACGGAGAGAAUUUCACCACAAAAGCAACUUUAUGGCCUAUCUAAUGACAGAAUGUUUCCCAUUUUUUCAUGUAAUUGCGAGGCUAUCUUUCGCAACUGCCUGACAUCGCUGCACAACAUGGAAUCGGCCGCCUUGGGUCGUAUAUACUUUAGCUCAACCCCUGUGUGCUUUGCCCAUGGACAUCCCGUUGUAUCAUGCCAGGAACACCAAUGGGACUCAUUUCAGAAGCGGUGUGUCAGUUACCUCGUGGAUGAGACUCGGCCCAAGCAGUGGCAGUUUUACGAUCUGGCGUUCUACACACAUAUUGUAGCUUAGGAGGGGGAAACAUGAGAGGAAUCUAAUUAAGACGCAGUUCUGCGAUAAGCAAAUGUUUUUUACAUGUGGUAUAUAUUGGAAAUUCUACAACAUACAUAUAUACUAUACUUGUAUUUCAAAAACAAA